AAUUCUUCUCAGAAGAAAAACUUAACAUUAAAAUAAUAUUUUUUUUUUAAAUCAAAAAUUAUUUAUAUUUAAAACGAAAAAAGUAUAUCGCGUUCUACAAACUCUUCGAUAUACCAUAUGACAUAAGAGAUUCGGUUAUUUUGUUUACGAUUUUCGUGCAUUCGUCGUUUGCCUUCUAUACCAAACACACAUUGGCUGCCCAUUUGAAUACAAUUAGUCGUACAAGAACUCGCACGAAAGUGAAAUUAUCGUCGAAAUUUGUUGCGUUUUGUGUUAAAAAUGACUGAAAAGGUGUACACAAAUGGCUUCCACAAAAAUGGAAAUGCAAAUCCGAAGAAGCGUCUUUUCGACAACAGCAGCUGGACAACAACGACGGAACAGAGUACGAGGAAAUUAGGUGAACAAGAUGCAACUUCCUCAAAUGUCGUAGGUGUCGUCGUAUGGUUGCUUGUGUUGACAAUCGUUAUUGCUAAAUUUGCAUUGUAUAUCGGUAUGGAAAACAUAUCAUUCAAAGACCUUGGACAAUCGUUGCAACAAUCGCUACAUCAUCAAGCAGCCAAUAUGUAUGAGAAAAUGUCUUUGAUACGAAUUAAUCUCACAAAUGUCAUCGCUUGUGCAUUUAUCGGAUUCUUCGUGACAGUUUUUUCUUGGAUGAUUGUCUAUUUGGAUAGCGAUGUGCCUGGCGUGAAUCCCCCAACGCCUUUAUCGCCGCGAAAAAACAAGACUGGCUAUCAACUUCACGUGAAACAUCAAUAUUCUUUGGGUUAUUUGAUGACAAUCUUGAACGGAUUUGCUGUUUUCAUGUUUUUGCUGAUUGGAAGUUAAAUUUCGAUCAAUUGUUUCUAUGUACUACCGUUGAAGUAUUUUGCUUUUGUAUGAGUUCAAAUUAUUUUUUAAGCCAUAUCUAGAUGUGUAAGCACUCUUGAAUCCUAUUGCCUUAGUUGAUAAUUAUUUAUUAUGUUACUUACAUUGUACUCAAUAAGGUUGCCUUUUAACGCGUUUUAAGCCUUGUAAGAAAAUAAACAAAAAAAUA